AGAGCCGAUAAGUUACGAUUGCUGAUUGACCGGUGUAGUCAGUGAAUUCACAACGUGUAAAAAUUAAAGCAUCAGAACAAUUUCCUGGAAAGGAAAAGAUGGAAAGACGAGGAGAAAAUGGAGAUGUUGUACGAAAUCACGCACAAGAUGCAGGAGAGGAUGACAACACUUUUGAUCAACAAAUUAAAGUACAAAGACUUGUAAAUGAAACACAGAAAUUUCGAGAGGAAAUAUCGGAGAAGAUAAAGCGAAACAUUGAAGAUUCGUUUGAUUCAUUCCUGUCGGACAUUGAACUCAUAAAUCAAUCUGUUCAUGAUGAAAAUAUUAACUUGUCUUUCUCAACAAAUAGAAAUACCUGCUGUAAUGCGUAUAAAGAAUGUCAUGAAUAUGUGAAAAAGAAAGAGAGAGGAGAACUUCCAGAUAAAGAGUUUGUUGCUAGGCGAUCAGUACUGACAGAUUUGUUUGAGAUCAGUCAUAUACGAAGUAUAUACCAUGUUUUUGUUGCCAUUCUCAUCAUCUUCUCUAUCAACACUAUACUCAUGGACAUUGUGGAGAAAGGCUCACUAGGACUUGAAUUCAACCUUUUAACAUGGGGUUUAGGUAAAUUUCCAAAAGUGGUCUCCCUUUGGUUAUGUAUGCAGUUUAGUACAUUGAUAAUUGUCUACCCUGGAUUUUAUGGCUGGAGUGUUUAUAGACCAGAAGGAAAAGCAGGUUUGUUUGACUAUGUAGGGCUAGCCCUGUAUGUCAUUUACCAGAGUUUCUUUAUGGUCAUACCUGUUGUAUACAUAUUUGAAAAUGAGAUACCACCUGGGUCAGCUUGCAUCAUUACAUGUGAACAGUUGAGGUUCAUGAUGAAAUCCCAUGCAUUUGUCAGAGAAAACUUUCCGAAGGUUUUGGAAUAUAACAGCAAAGAUAGUAAAGAUCAUGAACAGAUAUUCCUUAAUCUGUCAUCAGAGGAAAUUGUCAAUGAACAGCUUUUUUGCAAUACUACAUCCUGGUUAAAUGCUUUUGCUGAAUGUUACGUUUUUGCUGACAGAAUGUUUUACAAGGAUUGGUGGAACACAACAUCAUUUGCCAGCUAUUACAGAACAUGGAACAUUGUUGUACAUGACUGGCUUUAUACAUAUGUUUAUAAAGAUUUUUGCAGAGUUCUAGGACCAAGAUAUAGGAGUUUGUCAAUGGCAUUGGUAUUUCUGAUAUCUGCUGUGGUACAUGAGUAUGUCAUAGUGAUGGCUCUUGGCUUCUUUUAUCCUGUCUUGUUUUUUAUGUUCAUGGGAGCUGGUUUUGGUUUCAUCUUUGUGAAAGGCACAGGACGGAGUUGGAAUGUCUUUUUAUGGCUGGCUUUAUUUAUGGGAAUGGGAGUCUUAUUCUGUGUGUACAAUAUGGAAUGGUUUGCAAGACAAAAUUGUCCAGAAAAUUAUGAUCAGUUUAUGGAUCGUAUAUUGACCCCGAUCAUGACCGUGCAACUAUUGAUCUGCAUGAAAGAAGUAACGCAGCAGAAUCCUGACUGA